AUGCCGACCACACUCACCAGGGCCGAGACCGAAGACUUUGCUACAGCCAGAGCUCUACCACAGGCCCCACAGGUUCUGGGCUCAGGCAUUGCAUCUCUCUUGACGUCUAAUCACGACACGAAACGUCACUUCACUUUCAAACGCCUUAGUCACAAGAAUGAAGUUAUUGCAGAGGCUGAGAAUGAAGACGCUAUGGCCUUUGCAUCACCUUGUUCGAUCGUAUCAAUUGGCUCAGAAAGUACUAGUAGCUUAAAUACGGAAAAGAGUAUCUCAAAGCAUCCAGUCGGUCCACAAGAUUUUGAUUUGCUCUGUGUCAUUGGGCAAGGAGCAUUUGGCAAAGUGAUUCAAGUACGUCAUCAACCAACGGAUGAGAUCUUGGCAAUGAAAAUUGUGUCGAACAAGUACAUUGUGCAGCACAAUUCAGUAUCCUACUUGCAAGCAGAGCGAGAUAUUAUGACCAAGAUUAACCAUCCAUUCUUGAUUAGUCUACGGUAUGCAUUUCAAACCAAGUCAAAUGUAUACUUGGUCAUGCCCUUCGUGGCAGGUGGAGAGUUGUUUCAUCAUUUGCAUACACAAGGCUUGCUGCUCGAAAGCUCGGCUAAGUUUUAUGCUGCUGAGAUGGUGCUCGCGUUGGAACAUUUACACUCAAAGGGUAUCAUUCAUCGCGACUUGAAACCUGAGAAUGUGCUACUUGGUGCUGAUGGACACAUCCGAUUGACGGACUUUGGUCUUGCCAAGGAAAUGGCCGAUGAAGAAGGCUCGACAAGUACCAUGUGUGGCACAAACGAGUACAUGCCACCGGAAAUGAUUCGUCGCAAGGCAUACAACCAGGCUGUGGAUUGGUGGGCUCUUGGUGCGCUUAUAUACGAGAUGGUAACGGGUUACCCGCCAUUUCGACACAAGAAUCGCAAGAAAUUGCAUCAUAAGAUUUUGAACGAAAAGCUCGCUCUUCCUCAAUGGCUUGGUCCUGAUACCCAUUCCAUUUUAAAGCAACUAUUGGAGAGAAAUGUGGACAAACGUCUAGGUUCUGGUAAGUCGACCAUGUUUCAAGUAAAAGGUGUGCAAGCAAUCAAGAAGCACGCCUUUUUCAAAGGCAUUGACUGGGGUUUGCUCGAACAAAAGAAGACGCAACCACCGAUUGUGCCCAAUGUAAUGAGCAAUACGGACACGACGUAUUUUUCAGAGGAGUUUACAAUGCAAGACGUUGGUCGUCAUAGUCGCAUUGAUAAUACUUCGACUGCAAGUGACGAUUCAAAAAAGCUCUUUGCACGCUUUUCAUGGAUCGCUGAUGACGCUCCAAGUUUUGCAGAUAUUGUUCGCAAAGGCGGAUAUGAGAAAGAUGGGACUGGAAGGAUUCAGAAUGGAAUGGUAAACGUUACGCUUGAUGAGCAUGUAAACAUUCCGUAA